CGAGGGUAUAAAAGGUUGGACCGCGCACCGUCGAGUCUCAGUCCACCCUCGCAAACGCGCUCCACCAUAGCGACCCGAGGUCUCAGAGAGCUAUAUAUAUAUACAUUGUUUGACAACGCGCUGUUACAGCGCCGACUCUGAAUUCCGAAGCAGCGGGAAGCUCGACGGAGCGUAGGAAGAGCGUGGACAGAACAACCGGAGGAACAAAAGCGACAUCAGUGAACGCAAAGAGCUUAACGAGGCUAGCAGAUAUAACACAUAAUACAUAAUACAUUCGAUCAUAGCUUGUGAACGACAUGCAACGAGUGCCGAGCCAGUUGGAUUAACGGUCGUUGUCGAGUGCUUGUGUGUUGGGAGAGCGUGCGUGGUGCAACGUAACGUGAAAACCAGAGCCACGUUCGAGGCGACGAGAACGCGGGGCCGAUCGCCUUUCAAUUUCGAUUGGAUCGCUGGUGGGCCGACGAUGGAGGACGCGACCAAGCUGACCGAUCCGGAAGAGGAUCACCGCCGGGGCAGUCCGAGCGAGAAGAUCAAGGAUAAACGCGGGAACAGUGGUUCCUCGAACGCGGUGGAGUCCUCGAGGCGUCGUCGCGACUUCGGCGACGACGAAUGCAGCACGGACAGCGGAUGCAGCAGCGGCGGCAGCAUCGGCAGCGCGGAGAGAUUAUCUCGGCGCGGGUCCAGCGAGCAUCUGUGCCGUGCCACCAGGUCGCCGAAGACUCAUUGCUAUCUGGACCGGUUGCGAGGGCGACCGACGCGUUCCCAGGAGCGACUGUCGAGCGUGCAGAGGAGCACGGAGCGUGUUCGCGCGAAGUCCUCGCGGUCGUGGAGCCCCGGCGACGUGAGAGGCAUCGCCAGAACCAACGACUCGUUGUCCUAUUCGCCGAGCCCCUCGGACGUCCAGAGCAGCAGCAGCGACAGCGACUCGUUCAAGAAGUCGUUCACCGCGGACACCCUCCGCAGAGCGUUCCAGACGCUGAAGAUCACCUCGAAGUGGGAGGGCAAGGAGAACAAGCACGCGAAAAAGAGUCCCAAAAGGAUCCUGCGCAGCCCGGUCUCCUACACCUACGUGAGAGGACUGUCCGGCCUACCGACCCAAAGGGUCCCUAGAAGCAUGGCCCAGCAGCUCUCCAUGCCUUGCUCCUGCCAGGAACACGUCGGCCACUACCGAUAGAGAGAUCUUCGAUCGUACGCCCCGAUCCCUCCUCUCAUCCGGAGGCCUUCGUGCCGACGCCGCGCCGGUACGUGCCGGUCGCGAUCCAACAUCGUGGGACCAGCGGAUCUCGCGAUGGAGACCUCCUCUCGCACCGCCUAAACGUUUCGAGCGAGACGGAGCAGCUUCACGGAGACCAACGACCAAUCCAAUGGUAUCCAAAACCAUCGGAACACCACGGCUGGCAGGACAUCGAGAAUUCCCGAGGACAUCGAGGACGUCGAAGCUGAUCGAGGACAUCCGGGAUGGAAGGGCGGGAGGGGAAGGGGGCGAAAGUUUUGGUAAAUCGGCGGCGCGGGGACGAUAGCGUCGUAGGUUACUCGCUACUAUUCGUAAAAAUCGAGGAUAGAUCACGUAGAGAGAAACAUAGUCGUUCUACCACGUAUACAUACUUAUGUACCUUCCGUAGGGGGCGGUUAGCACACUCACAACUACACACAGAGAUGGUAAGCGAGCCGUUUCGAAUGACGAUCGAGUAUCAAAAGCUAAGGAGAAGUAGCCGAUAUCUCGAUGAAUCGAUCUUUAAAUUUUAAAUGUCACAGCACUCGUUAUCCCGAUAUAACGAGACCGCGCGCGGUCCGUUCUGGCCGAAAUUUUGAACCGCAGUGGCCAUUAAAGUUGCAUCGCCGCGGGCGAUACGCCCGGUUCGCCGAGGGCGUAUCGAUGUAGGAUCUGCAAUGACAUUAGAGCAUCAACGUGACUCUUUAUCUUCUCUUCGACUCGAUCGAUCCGAGGCUCGGUGCGAUCUCGAUGGCCACUGCUGCUCAUUGUAUCGUUUAGAAAUCGGUACAACGUUCGCAGACUCUUCGUUUUCUAUUGUAGUAGAUCCUUAGGCUAUUAAUUUUCUACGAUCACCACUUAUUGUCACGGACUUCGAUAACGGCCGAACAUGGGCCCAAGCAGUUCUAAAUCAAAGAACGGCCGUCUUUGCGAAUACGGCGGAGUUGCGGCGUGCUCGCGGCAGUCGGGAACGAUUCGAAAAUUGCUUCUCGAUCGCGGAACGUAAUUGUGAAAGGGGUGAAGGGGGGGUGAGAAACGAGCACCAGCUGCGCGACGGUCCGCGAUCAAUCGGGACGAUCUUUUUCUCAGCUGCGCGACAACAAAACUCAUUCUCGGAUCGCAACGAGGGCCGAUUCUCUCUUCGCCCGCAUCCCCGCGGAUCGUUACCGUUCGCAGGAACGGGAUCGGAAUCAAUUCGCCGGCGACGCGACGUAACAUACAUAUUUAUAAGUCAAUUAUGUGGACACGUUGGGAUCGCGCGGUACGGCGCGUCUUCUGUCAAACAGGGUGGAAACGAUUGAGAGUCCAUUGUCGGCCGCGCGGAAUGCGACUUUCGAUCGUGUGUACUCGGAUACACGUACUGCAGGGGCUGCUCCAGGUGCUCGUGGCGCAAUCCGGGGCCGCGGAGGUUACGGAAAAGUCAGACUUUCGUUGCGCGAGGCUAUUCUCGCAUGAUCAAUCAAAAUCCGCGUCUAUUCGUUGUUUACCGAUUCUACUUGUAAUAAACCGUUCCUAAACGGAAUCAGAUGGAAGAUUCGCAGCCUGUUCAGGGAGCCAUCGGGCUGUGCCACGAUCGCCGCAGUCGCCUGCAGAAUAGAAUAUCUCGUUCAUUAAGGGUACUUUUAAAAAACAUAUCACGAUUCGGAGAUCGUAACGCGGUUCGCGCGACGCAUCCUCCCGCCGUGAUCGUUUCCGCUCGGACGCGGGUCGAACAGACUGCAGCGAAUCGCCGGGCGGAAAACGGCGAGAGCAUCCUUUGUCUUGUCGAACGACCUAUCGCGGGGCAACUCUCAUCGAUCGGAGAAGCGAGCGUGAAAGGGCCCGCAACGCGUCGCCGUUUACACCGCGAGAGUCGCGCUUCUCGGAUUCCAUCCGUAAACCGCGACGAUUGCCGGCCCUUCGAUCCUUGAGCACCACCGGCCGCCAGCUUCGUUUUCAAUUCAAGUCAAUCCUCGCAACGAUCGAUAUCACCAUUCGACAAUUCGUGCAAUUAAAAUGGCCCUAACUUAGGUAAUUAACUGUUCGCUCGGAUCGGUGGUCGAAGGGUACGCGCGAACACACGCGGAACACACGUUAACGCGAUCUUCCAGUGCCUUGUAAAUAUUUGCCACGUGAUUGCACGGUACACACAUCGCGAAGCAAUUGGCAUAACGACGAUUGAACGUUUCACGCGCUGCGUUCUAUGCAAGGAAGAAGGCGAGCAAACGGAGCGGACUAUACUGAGAGUCGGAUGCGAGAACGGCAGAAUCUCAGGACUGAAUGUUUUGUAUUUAAGUAUUACCUAUGUCGAUACUCGUAGUUUACUUAUCAAAUAAAGAUUUUUCAUUCGAAAA